UACGUCCGGAGGGCGGCCGUGCUGGGCUGCGCCAAGAUGGUGAAGCUGCAGGGGGACUGCGAAGUGGAUGGUGCGUUGGUGAAUGAGCUGUAUAGUUUGCUUCGUGACCAGGAUCCUAUUGUAGUCGUCAAUUGUCUGAGGGCCUUAGAGGAGAUCCUGAAGAAGGAGGGAGGGGUUGUCAUCAACAAACCCAUUGCCCAUCAUCUCCUCAACAGGAUGUCUGACCUGGACACGUGGGGGCAAAGCGAGGUGCUCACCUUCCUGCUGCGCUACAGGCCCCGCAGCGACGAGGAGCUCUUCGACAUCCUCAACCUCCUGGAUGGCUACCUCAAAAGCAGCAGCCCCAGCGUUGUGAUGGCAGCCACCAAGCUGUUCUUGGUGCUGGCCAGGGAGUACCCACACGUGCAGGCAGAUGUUCUGGUGAGAGUGAAGGGGCCGCUGCUGUCUGCCUGCACGUCGGAGAGCAGGGAGCUCUGCUUCACUGCGCUGUGCCACGUGCGUCAGAUCCUCGGCAGCCUGCCUGGCCAUUUUAGCAGCCACUACAAAAAGUUCUUCUGUUCGUAUUCGGAUCCCCACUACAUCAAAUGCCAGAAGAUGGAGGUGUUGUGUGAGCUGGUGAAUGAUGAGAACGUGCAGCAGGUGCUGGAGGAGCUGAAGGGCUAUUGCACUGAUGUGUCCCUAGAGCUUGCCCAAGGGGCCAUCUUUGCCAUAGGCAAUAUUGCUAGAACAUACACCGAGCAGUGUGUGGGGAUUCUGACAGAGCUCCUGGGUCUUCAGCAGGAACACAUCACUUCAGCAGUGGUGCAGGCUUUCCGGGACCUGGUCUGGCUGUGUCCCCAGUGCACAGACGCCGUGUGCCGGGCACUGCCUGGCUGUGAGGAUGCCCUCCAGGACAGUGAGGGCAAGCAAGCACUGAUCUGGCUCCUGGGCACACAUGGUGAGAAGGUUCCGAAUGCCCCCUAUGUUUUAGAGGACUUUGUGGAGAAUGUGAAAUCGGAGAUGUUCCCAGCAGUGAAGAUGGAGCUUCUGACAGCCUUGCUGCGACUUUUCCUGUCGCGUCCCGCCGAGUGUCAGGACAUGCUGGGGAGACUGCUCUACUACUGCAUUGAGGAGGAGAUGGAUAUGGCAGUACGAGACCGUGGAUUGUUCUACUAUCGCCUUUUGCAGUCUGGUGUGGAAGAAGUGAAACGGGUCCUGUGCAGCCCCAAGUCUGACCCCUCUCUGGGGCUCUUGGAGGACCAGGCUGAGCGGCCCGUGAAUACAUGGGCUUCAGAGUUUAAUACUCUUGCUCCAGUUUAUGGCAAGGAACGCUGGGCACUCGUCACUGCUCACCAGCCAGCAGAAACUUCUUAUGCAUUUUCUCCUUGUGCUGACUCCAGGACCAGAGACACAGAGUCACUAAUUUCUGAAGGGAAUACCAAAGUCCUCAAGGUUCAUCCUGAUACAAGCAGUCUCACCUUAAUUCCUGAUGUUUACCUGACUGCAGAACAGUUUGAGAAGACCUGGCUGAGCUUGGACAUGAGCUGCCACCUCUCUCUGCCCUGGUGUGGGACUGUUCAUCCAGAUACCAUGCAGACGGCUCUUCACAUUGUCCACAUUCAGACUAUUGCAAUGAGCAGAGCUGGUGUCCAGCCAUGGAAAGCUUACCUCAGUGCUCAGGAUGGCACAGGUUGCCUGUUCCUGACAGAGCUCUUGCUCCAGGCAGCAGGUUCAGAGAUGCAGGUUGUGGUGAAGCAGAGCGAGGCGAAGCCAGAGGCACUGCAGGCAUUCACGUCCAUGUUGAGGACAAUUAUGGGAACACUUGCUGGGCUGGGGUCCUGA